GCUGUUUUUGUUCAUUUUCACUCUUUAUUAUUUGACGAUGCAGAUGUCCAAUUAGAAAAAUUGUUAGUAUCUAUUUUUUGUCACUAUCGACAUCUGUACAUGAAACAUGGCCAAAUGUUUUUAUGUUUUUUCUUUCACAUUCACAACAUGACUAUGUCUCUGUCAUAAAAAAAAAAACGGUUUGAUAGGGAUUGAACCGAAUCGAACCGGACCGAAAAAAUCUUGAACCGAAAAAAAUCGAAUCGUUUUUUACGUGAAAUUUUCGAACCGAACCGAAAUCGGUUCGGUCCGGUUCGGUUCAAAAUCGAACCGGUCACAUCUCUGAUACAAAUAGCUCAACAUCUCUAUGAGAAACGAGCUGAAGCUGAAAAAGCAAAACGAACACUGAAAGAAUUAAAAUAUCGUAUCUUCUAUAAUAGACCACUUCUUUCUUUGGAUUCUAUUGAAAAUUCCAAGACCACAGCAAAUAAUACCAGUACAACAACAACAACAACAAUCAACAACAAUCAUGGUUAA